GAAUAAACAAAAUCAUCGUGGCUUCGAAAGUCAAAGAGAAAGGAAGGGGUUCGCAGAGGAGUUUUUGAGGGAUUCUUGGUUUGAACAAGACCUUGUUUGAUCAUCGCGAAGAGCACGACCUGGACAGAUCUUUAAUUUCUGGAGGAAUCAGCGAAGAAAAAGACAACGAAACUUGCAGAAAGAAUCUUAGGUUUUCAAACUCCAAAGAUCAGUCUGCUAUUCCUGAAGGGAACAUCCCAUUUCCCUGACCUUGUAUUCGAAUUAUAAGUUACUCUAAUGGCAAAGAUCUGGAGUUGCAGAAGCAAAAGUUAGCACUGGUGAAGCAGUGAAGUCUGACCUGACCAAUGGAGAUCGAGUUCCAGGACAGAACAGUAAGGCUUAUCAAUAUGAACAGAAACUAGAGAGAAGCUAGCUAGAGGGGGACAAGAAAGACUUGGAAAAUUUAUAUUUUGAUCUGUGGUUUGCAAGUCCAAUAUUUGGGGUUUUGAUUCAUCCAAAGAUGUGUCAAUAUCAUCUUGAAGGCGUCACGAAUGGUCCAUCAAAAGAUUACAAAAUGGAGAUGGUGGCAAAAUCUUAUUUGAAUUGGAUCGAUCCAAAUAAAAUUGGUCCAGAGUUAGAUGAUGGUACUUGGGCUUCACAGUUUAAUGAUAACUGUGCUUGGUCUUCAUCAAAGUUAAAUGAUUUGAAAGCCCAGUUGAAAAUUGCAGACUCUGCAAAUCUUCCUUUAACAUCAAGUUGUUGCAUCUACAGAGUGCCACCAAAACUUAGAAAAGUAAAUGAAGAAGCCUACACUCCUAGCGUGGUUUCCAUUGGCCCAUAUCACCAUCAAGACAAAAGAUUGGAAUCAAUGCAGGAAUUAAAAGUAUGGUAUGUUAACAGGUUCCUCAAGAGGACCCCACAGAAAUCAUUAGAUGAUUAUUUGAAGGCCCUGGAAGAUAUGGAAGAUAAGAUUCGUCAUGGUUAUUCGGAGACCAUAAAGAUGAAGAGCGAUGAAUUUGUAAGCAUGAUUCUAACCGAUGCUUGCUUCAUCAUCGAGUUCUUUCUUGCAUGUCUAGGCCUGGAAGACCCUUUGGUUAAGAAACUAUGGCCAACAGCUGAUAUUAAACUUGACUUGAUUUUGCUUGAAAAUCAACUUCCAUUCUUUGUUCUUACUAACCUAUUUGACCUAGCUUUUCCAACCGGCUUCAAUGGUGAACUUUCAUUUGUUAAGCUUACCUUUGAUGUUUUUGUGAACGUUUUCCUGCGAGAGUUAUAUCCCAACAAGGAAACUCACCCCAAGUUUAUGCGUAACUUCAAUUAUGAUAGUCUUCAUCAAGUGCAACACCUCUGUGAUAUGCUGAGGACCUUUUACUUACCAAGUGAUCCGUCACCAAGAGGAGCUGACGCAAUAAUGAAGCGUUCACACAGUGUAAGUCUACUACACGAGGCAGGGAUGAAGUUUGAAGUUGAUAAGGAAAGUAGUGUAACUAAGUUGCAGUGUUCAGAUAAAACAAUGUUAAAGAUACCGAGUAUUGUGGUAAGUGAUUGGACUGAGACUAUGCUUAGAAAUGUGGUUGCAUUUGAGCAGUGUCACUAUCCUUUUUCAGGCUAUGUGACUGAUUACAUAUGCCUGUUGGAUAAUCUUAUUGACACCGGGAAAGAUGUCGAAAUUCUUGUCAGAAAGAAAAUUUUGGAGAACUUGAUGGCUGACAGUAAUGGAGUUGCUUGCAUGGUGAACAAACUUUGCAAAAAUGUUCUUGUAACAAACACCAACACUGAUUAUAUCUCUCUAUGCGAAGAAAUGGACAAGUUUUGUGAUAACCCUUAUCAUAAGUAUAGGGCAAUUUUUGUGCGUGAAUAUUGGAGCACUCCUUGGAAAAUUGCAUCCGUGCUUGCUGCAACAUUGCUGCUUUUGCUCACAUUCAUUCAAACAAUAUCUUCUGUAAAUCUAGCGAAGAAUUAACUAAGCUUAAAGCUAUUGUAUAACUCCCCAACUCUUUAUUAUUAUAUUUGUUGACA